GCUGCGCCUCCCUCCCCCAUCCUGGCCGAUGAGCGCAGCCUCCCUCCCUCCGUCCGUCUCAGGGAGCCGCGCUGCGCUCCGGCACAGAUUUCUCCGCAUGUCUCCACCGCAGGAGGGAUUUCUGUGAACUCUGUCCGCGCAGGGACUCCCGGCACCGCGUCCUCCUGCUGAGCUGCGGCACGGAAGCCGACCCACUCUGACCCACCGGGAGGACGGGCCGUUACCGGGAGGGAGCCGGCGCUCAGGAGGAGAGGAGCCGGAACUAAUCCGUCUUUUUUUGUCACCUCUGUUUCGUUUGUUUUUCCGUGUGAAGGCACACAGAGCGCAUGUGCGCAAACAGCGGGUGAACAAGGCGCACUUUGGCUCAGAUUUCGGCGCAGCUUCGUCCGAGGAGGCAUGCGGUGACCGGAUCUGCAGCUCAGGCUGUUCCUGAGCAGCAAUAACUCCCAGAUGAGGCAAUAAGAGCAGAUGAAGGGUCUACAGAAAGCCAAAGAGAGAAGGAAACCUCACGUGCUUCCAUUUUUCAGCUUCUACUUCUGCUCAUGAAUUAAGGGACUCAGAUAUUUUUAUUCCUGCGUCUUCCAUCAGGUCCGCCUCACACUUCAGCCUGAACCUGAAACCUCUGUGGAGGGGACAGGCUCUGUGGGUGAACACGCCGCCGCUGUCAGGCUGUCCAGGUGCUUCAGUGGGAUCUCCUCCUCCUCCUCCUCCUCCUCUGCAUCAGCAGGAGAGGAAGAAGAGGGCGGGCCACACCCAGAGUCCCAGCAGCAUCCUCCUCCUCCCUGCAGGACGCUUUGGCGCUGCAGGUCUGGGCCAUCGGGUGUUCGGUCUGAGGAGAGUUGCUGUGUUGGUGGGCUUCGUCACUCCGGCGCCGCUCCAAACCCGGCCAGGAUGCUGCUGCUGCCUCUGACCCUCCUGGCUCUUCAAGCCAGCCUCUGACCUCUUCCUGCUCUCCCAUUUUCACAAACCUUGUCUUAGCUAACAUUUUCCUCCAUCAUUCCUCCCCUUCAUGUUCCUCUGCAGUCCCCAGGCCCUUUCAUUAAACGCUGCAGUCAGAGCUGACGGCUGCCAUCUUAAACCCAACACACUUUAACGGUUUUGUCAGCGUUGAUCUGAUUUGGAGUCAUGUGUCUCCUGUUCUCUCCCCUCGCCCCCUUCCCUCCAUCUCGCGAUUCAAAAGGUGAAAGUAGAGGGUAGCACAUCUUUGGUUGAGAGCGAUGCUGAGGCCUCAGUGGAAACUGCAAGGUGCAGUUUCAGACAGAAACUUUUGGAGUUACAGCCGCUCUGUGCCGCGCCGCCUGCGUGGAGGUGGACUCCGACACCGAGGCCGUGGCCGGCGACGGCUUCAAACUGGGCUGCAUCUCCUGCAAGAUGAGAAGCGAAGUGCCCGCCGAGGCCGCCGUCAUCUGGUCCUUCAAGGCAUCCGAUGAGGAGACGUUCUCUCCGCUGUACACGUACGAGAACAAACAGGGCGACAUCCAGGACAUGCGCUUCUACGAGCGUCUGGACUGGAACGGCAGCAAGAACACCCUGGACCUGCAGGACGGCUCCAUCUACAUCCUCAACGUCACCUUCAACGACACGGGGACCUACAAGUGCAUCUUUGAGCGCACGCUCAAGUACAAAAACCACGAGUUUAAUAACAAAACCACCAAGUUGAUCCAGCUCAACGUGGUGUCCAAACUGACCAGAGGAAUGGCCUCCAUCCUGUCUGAGGUGAUGAUGUACGUCUCCAUCAUCGGGCUCCAGUUCUGGCUGGUCGUCGAGAUGAUUUACUGCUACAGGAAGAUCUCUGUGGCGGGAGAGGAGGCCCUGAGGGAAAGCGAGGCCGAGUACUUAGCCAUAGCUUCGGAAAGUAAAGAUAACUGUGCAAGCGUCCAGGAGGCAGAAUAACUCGGGUUGAGGAAGAAUCAAAGUCGACAUCCCUGAGGAACGCCUCUUCCAGCUUCUCCUCUUCUUCCUCCAUAUGAUGGACAUCAUGAAACCAGAAAGCUUUGAAAAUGAGACUUGGCUGAAAAGGCCUGAGCUGCGCUUCGACACACAGAACCAAAUAAAACAUCUGAUUCUAGAGGAGAGCUGAGCUGUAAAUACGCCUGUAAACGCCUAUAAACUGCCUCCCACCGUGUUCUCCAUACCUGCAUGCCGAGGAACACACCUGAUCUAUCGCUGAUGUUCUCUCACCUGUCCUCUCAGCCAGGCGCUCCACUUCAGGUUCAGCUCCCUGUUGUGCAAAUAUAAAGAAAAAAGUAACAACAAAUAACAGCAACAGUUCACUGCCCAGUUUUAAAGUAGGUGAAGAUUUUAAUGUAAAACUUAAAAACUUAAAAAAUGUGUUUAAAAAUGUAAAGAUCUGAAAUAUUCCAAUGUUUUUUUAGAGUUUACAAGAGAACAAGUGAUUAUUCAUUGAAACAAAACUGCCGUCACUUUUUAAGCCUCUGCUGCCACAGCGACACCCAGUGGACAAAGAGAGAAACGCCACACAUCGCUAAUUGAUGCUGUGCAGCAGGUCUCAGUUUUAUAGGUUUCCCUCUAAAAUGACCAAACCUAAACACCCCGCAGAGCAACAGCGGACACUGCAGCACCCUGAAAAAGCCUAAUUCUAGUGAAAAUGUCGCGUUAAUUCAGGGCGUUUCAUAACGUGGAGCCAGACGGGACAGUUAGCAGGAGUCCAGGCUGCAACGCCUCCCACAGACGCUGAAAUGUUCCCCACGCUUCAAGCUGUUCUGUGAGGACGAGGAGCCCUGGAGCGUCUCAGGAGAUGCUCGGUCCCAGUCCUCCUGCACACUCCUCCCAUGGUCUGGGUGUCUCCACGUCUUUUUUCAGCUACCUGGUGCACACGGGCCCCACGUUGGUUACCCCUGCUCCAGAUGUUCUGCUCUGCAGAGCGAGAACCACGCAGGUUCCUCCCAUCUUUCUGUGGAGAACCUCAUGUUUAAUCCUUCAAUAUUGGUUUCCCAAGAUAGAGGGCUCCUAAAUGUUUUAAACUGGAAAUAUUUCAACACUUUUCCAGUCCUGGUGGCCUGAGCAGCGAGUAGUUGCUCUGAUUUAAGCCGGUUUGCUGCUGUGAUGACGCGGAUAACUGAGAACCUGCUCAGGAACCGCGUGGCAUCGUUGUUCCAAAAAGACUCAGAUCAGCUGGGACGCCUCUUAGGGACCAAAUCAGGGUUAAAGUCGGUUUAAAAUAUUCUUCACCCGGUUAGAAUCAGUCGGUGAAGGUUAAAAAUAAACUGCUGCAACGGGUUUAUUCUGACAAUGAUUCUCCAGAAGUGCUAAAAGAAAACGAAGCCGAUAAUCUGUGAUUUCUAAAAACUGUUACAGUAAAACGCUUUACUGGCCCAAGUGAGAAACGGACCUGAAACAGACGCAUCAAUGCAGCUUAUAUCAUUAUUUCUAAAGAGUUUAUAUUUCUUAUAUAUUUGUCACCAAGUGUCAGAGAUUUAUCAAAGCUCCUCAUCAGUCUCAGAUGUUUUUGUCUGCGUCACAAAGAUCUUUAAAAGCAGGAGCAGGUGUUCAGCAAUCUGAGACAUCCAGACUGGGUUCUGGUCAGAACCAGAACCAGAACCAGAACCAGAACACAGCCGAGGCCCUGCAGCACAUUCACGUCGAGUCCAUAUCCCAAAUCCUCAUAUUUCCACAUUACUGGUGCAAAUUUCCUUUAUUUUUAAAAGAAAAAAUGUGAAACGUGAUUCUAUAUUUUAUUAAUCAGACUCCAGCAGGGUGCUUCAUUUAUUUUGUUUUACCUGAUUUUGAAUUUAACAGAUAAAUUCAGUCAAAUUAAAUUCAGAAAUGCUUUUAGACAUUCCUUUAAGUCGGACCAGAAAUGUAAAUGUUAUUACAUUUAAAUCUCACAUUCCACUUUUUCCUCACGUUUGAUCAUCCGUGUCGCUGUUGCAAUGUUUCUAAAACACGUUGAGAGCAUUUUACUCAUAAAUCACACGGAACCAAACUUGAAAUCGGUUCUCAAUCCUGUAAAUAACUGAAAGCAGAACCACUUUAGCUCCCAGAAGAACAAUCAGACCCAGAAAUGUCUUUAAAAAAAAAAAAAAACAGGCAGUUUAAACCUGUGAGCUGAGAGAAGGAACCAGAGACGAAGGGAACCUGUUCUCAGCAGAACCUAAGGGCUUAGCGUUUUCCUGUGAUCUCACUGCCGUGCAGAAAGUGCACCACAUCAGGUCCAAUGUGCCUCAAAGGAAACCAGGCAGCAACAGAUUACAGGUGAAGCCUUUUACAUAAAAAAUAAAAACACCCUUAUGUCAGAUUCAGCCUAAAGGAGCGUCUCUCCCAGCCAGUCUUGAUGGACCACUAGGGGGCAGCAGAGCGCUGCUCCUCUGCAUGCUCCUGGUCCUCUUCCUCUCUAUGGGACCUUUCCCAGCUUAAAGUAUCAGAACCUCUGCAUGCUGUUGGACAGAGCGAGGUGAGAGCUUCCUGAAGCAAGUUCAUAAUUUUUCCUUUUAUUUCCUGCACACCUGAAGAUAAGUUGCAGAUUAUCUCCGCGUGAAGCCGUGUCAAUAAAACAAUUACAAACCUCA